AUUUAAACUCAGCAUCAGCCCUGAUCACAGCAUUGACUGACAAGUUACAGAGGCCAAACCAUGAGCAGACUGGCUUUGAUCCUGUUUGUCCUCUUAAUGGUUCUGUCAGCUGGAAAUGCUGAGGACACUGAGGCUCAGUACUGGACGUGUGGCUACAGAGGACUCUGCCGUCGGUUCUGCUUCGCCCAGGAGUACAUUGUUGGUCACCAUGGCUGUCCCCGCAGAUACAGGUGCUGUGCUGUUCGUUUUUAGCGAAUGCUGAGAAACACUGCGGGACAACGAAAAACCAACCACUGAAAGAAAUGCAGCUUAGGUAUUAGGGAUGAUUUUUGCACUCACCUCCUUUAAUGACAUAAAGAAUGACUAGUUACUAUCAGAUAUUAACAGUAACGUGUAAAUAUGUGUGUAAGUCUCUGUAUAUGUGAUGAGCUUCUUAAUAACAUUAAAAUUAAACAUUA